GGAGUCGCUGACGUGGCCGGAACUCCGCCAUCUUGAGGAAGGAAACGCCUUGAAGUUGGAGAGGAAACGAACUAAUUCUCAGAGUAAUUACUAGACUUGUCAAAGAUGGGGAAUAUCUUUGCCAACCUCUUCAAAGCUUUUGGCAAGAAGGAAAUGAGAAUUCUGAUGGUAGGCCUCGAUGCCGCUGGCAAGACGACUAUAUUAUAUAAGCUGAAGCUCGGAGAAAUUGUUACCACAAUCCCAACCAUUGGGUUUAAUGUGGAGACGGUAGAGUACAAGAACAUCAGCUUCACGGUCUGGGACGUGGGCGGUCAGGACAAGAUUCGACCGUUAUGGCGUCAUUACUUUCAGAAUACACAGGGUCUGAUCUUUGUGGUGGACAGUAAUGACCGAGAGCGCGUGAACGAAGCCCGAGAGGAACUGAUGAGGAUGCUGGCAGAGGACGAACUGCGGGAAGCCGUGCUGCUGGUGUUCGCCAACAAACAGGACCUGCCCAACGCCAUGAACGCCGCGGAGAUCACAGACAAGCUGGGCCUCCACUCUCUCCGCCACAGGAACUGGUACAUCCAGGCCACCUGCGCCACCAGCGGAGACGGCCUGUACGAGGGCCUGGACUGGCUCUCCAACCAGCUCAAGAACCAGAAAUGAUCGCCUCACUCCUACAUUCGCCUCUUUUUGUUUUUCUUCCCUCUCCCUUCCCUUCCCUCAUCUCACAGAAGCUUAGAGUCUCGGGUCGUGAGAAGCUGCUGCUGUCUGGUCGUACGUGGCCACAGUGAAAUAGCAGAGCUGUGCUCUUAAGAGCAUGCCGUGACCUCCGCCGUGUGCUCUCACCCUCAUCUUUGAUGUAAAUAGUUUUGGUUUGUUUUUGUUUUGUCGCGAGGUGGGUUAUAUUAUACACGGCCUCUUCUCUCCUGUUCUUAUGUGUUUUAUUUAAUCAUUUGGCACAGAGGUUGAUCCGUUGUAGUGGGGAGGGAGAGGGAGAACGUCUUCGUCACUUCCAGUAGCUCUCGUCUCCCUCUCCCGAUUGCUGUCUGCACAGUUUUUUUUUUUGUUUUGUUUUUUUUAUUGUUUUGGUUUUGUGCAGGCUGCAAGAGUAACAUGUACUGUAAACACAAUAUGUCAUUGAUCUCAAGGCAGCAUGCACAGAUACACACUACCUACAGCAGUUAGGGAUUCCACUUCGAAAAAGGAGAACCCAGAAGCAUCCUUGGUUCACUCCACAAGCCUUGGCAGGGCCUAGCUUCUCUCUUAUAUGAGCUGUUUUCUCAUCAAGCCCCUUGCUGUGUGCCGUACCAGCUGUGCGGCGAUAGGGGUGUGGUGUGCUGGCGUGGGUUGGUUGUUAGGUGGCGCUGUUCUCGUGUGCAGCAGGCCUUGGUGGGGCCUCCCCGCACUGCGGCGAACAGGUCGGCUUUUUGCUUUUCUGGUACGCCGUGGGGAAAAACCCGGUCGUGGUGACUCAGGUUAAAUCAUGUUUUGCCUUUCGAGCUAGAAAAACGGAGCCGGCGAGGAGGGAGAGAAAACGCACACAGGCCCAGGGUGUUGUAUUGGGACAGGUUUCCAACUGUUUCGUUUCUACAGGAUAAAUCCAUUCAGUGUUUUCUCUGUUUUGCGA